GAACAUCCAUCGAAAAUAUGUAGAAUGCAUUUCAUAACACGAAGGAAGUGAACGAAACACAAGCGCAGAGCGCUUGCAUGUCGUUGUAUUGAAUCACACACGAUAAAAUGUCUGACACAGCCGCCAAAGACAGCACAAAGAAAACAGACUACUAUACUUGCUUACUGCCACUUUGUUUUCUCCUUCUUCUUCUUCUUCUUCACUGCCAUUGUCUGCAUUCAGAGUGUGUGCGUGCAUUCGCUACUUUUGGCGUUGCGCCCCAUAAAUUGUUUAAAGUUUUUAUUCAAGCCAAAUCGUUGUCGUUAAAUCAAACGCGCAAACAAAAGCAAUACAAACGCAAAAGAGAGUUCAUCAACCAAGACACGAACGUCGUACGGCCGCUGAAUAUUCUUGACUUUGCGAUGAUUCGUGCAUCACGACAACGACUACGACUACAACGACAACUAUGACGACGACGGCUAUGGUGGAGACGAUGAACUGAAAUUGCAUGUUCGUUUGUGUGGUUUUUUGCACACGGUUUUAAUGAAAAUGUGCAUAAUAAUUGUCGUUUUUGUCUGCCUGUACUCAACUAUUAAGCAAGAAAUAAAUGAGAUUACGGAUUACUCAUGUAACAAUCAUGAUCAGUAUGAUUCAUGGGUUGUUGCGCGUUGCCAAGUGAUGAGUGCAUCACCUUUUCUUUCGUUGUCGUAUUCUGAUUGUGAUUUUGUUUUGUUCUGUUCAGCUUUGUUCUAUCUGACUUGUAUCAUGUGCAUUUGCAGUGUGUUAUAAUUACGACGGAAAUCGUCUCCUUUGUUACAACUAAAAAGUGUGAAGGAAACUAAAUUUGACAAGAUAAACGCAAUUAUGGAUACAACAACACAAGUGACGGAUUCAAACUUUGCAUUCAUCAGGGGUUCUGGAGGAAAAAAUGCCAACAUAAACCCAAACUACAGUGUACGUGGAAAGCUACAGAAUCGCCGAUGCAAACUCAACAAAGAGAUCAAUAAAGAGUUGCGACUACGUGCCGGAGCUGAAAAUUUAUACAAAGCCACUGAAAAUACGAAAGUGAAAAAUCGAAUAUCACUCGAGCUCAGUUUUGUCAACUCCAAUUUGCAACUGCUCAAGGAGAAACUAUCCGAAUUGAAUUCAUCGGUAGAAAUUUAUCAAAAUGAUAGCCACGAAGUUAUUAUGCCAUUUAUACCAAUAGGAUUAAAAGAAACCGUCGACAUUAAUUUUAUGGAUACGUUUUCGGAACGGAUAAGAGACCAUUACAACGAAGAGCCACACGUUUAUGCUGAUGCAAUUAGGGAUAUAACAGAUACAAGAGAAGUUGCGCGCACACCAUCGAGAGAUGCAAAUGGAGUCAAUUUAAUAUUCCGCUACUAUAACCUUUUGUACUAUGUCGAACGGCGAUUCUUCCCAUAUGAUCGCAACGGUGUCUACUUCGAGUGGUAUGACUCGUUAACAGGUAUUCCAUCAAGCCAACGAACUGUUGCAUUUGAAAAGGCGUGCAUUCUGUUUAAUUUGGCCGCUGUAUACACACAAAUCGCCACAAAACAAGAUCGUAGCACGGAAAAAGGUCUUGACAUUGCUGUGGACAAUUUUUUGCGUGCUGCCGGCAUAUUCAAACACAUUUACGAGACAUUCACAAAUGCACCGUCCAUCGACUUGAAACCACAAUUUUUGGAAAUACUUGUCGCUUUGAUGCUGGCACAGGCGCGCGAAUGCCUCUACGAAAAGCUACUCUUGCAAAUUGAAUCGUUUUCAAUACCAAACAAAAAUCAUAUUGACUAUCAGAGAGAUCUAUCGGGCGAAUGUGCACAGCUAAUGCUAGAAUAUAACAAAAUUCACACGAGCAUCGACACCGAAUGGAUGCACACCUACAUUCCAGAAUGUUGGGCUGCAUUUGUGCCACUCAAAGCAGAAUAUUACAAAGCAUUGGCUCACUACCACGCAGCAAUCAGCAUCGACAUCAACAAUACCAAAUCGCAUGAGAACAGCAAACGAGAUGAAUUCCGACUCAACAACAACAAUUCGUUCGCAUUAAGUGAUCUAACCAAUGACACCGAUGUCAAUCCAUGUGCCCUCAAGAAAGCGCACAUUAAGGAAUCCGUUGCUUGUUACGAGGAGGCAAUGCGAUUACAACGAAUGAGCCGAGAUUUAAAAAACAAAGUGUCAUUAACGAAAAUUCUCAAAGAAAGCAACUUGAAGGCAAUGAUCGAGUCAGAAUGCAUUGGAGAAGAGUUGAAAGAUAAUAAUUUCAAUGAAGACGAUACAUUUGAUAUGAUUGACGUCACCGUUACACCAUCAUCUAAAUUCAUUCUCUCACUUACCGAUCCGGAUUUUACGGCUUAUAAGAUUGACGAUCCGUUCAAGAAACUGGGACCAUUGGCGAUUUUCUCAGCGAAAAGACAUUGGACUGUGCCACGAAGUGUAUGCUUAAAAAAGGCUUCAAAUCAAUCGAACAUCGAUUCGGACAAUGUGGUCAACAGUUUGAUUCGACCAUCAGACUACAGUAGCGAAAGUGCCAGUAGCAGCUCCAGUGUGGUCAGCGACACCAGCGAUGGUCUGACACUGAGAAAUUUGAAUCGUCGCAAUAUGGAAUUUGCCGACGAAUACGGUUUCAAAUUGCGUGGCGAUUCUCCAGUUAUAAUAUCAGUCGUAGUCCCAAAUUCAUUGGCUGAUCUGGGCGGACUCAAAGAAGGUGAUUUUAUUGUGGAAUUAUCUGGCGUCGAUGUGAAAUGGUAUACGCAACACCAGUUAGUCAAGCUCAUUCAGAACUCAAAACAGAGUCUCGAACUCAAGGUCAUUACGCCAAUCGAUCGAAAUUACUUGAAGCCUUUGCCAACCACAUCACCAUCACCAUCAACACCAAGUACUACCACAUCAAAAUCAUCAAUAUCAGCCCGAUCGACUGGAUCAGCUGAGCAUCGGACGAAGAAAAAAGUCUCAAGCGAUAAGCAAAUUAGCAGCUGGAAAUUGUUUCGGCGAACACAAAGCUUGGGAAAGUUGUUCUGAACACCCAUGCAUAUUUUAAACAUCUCAAAACAAAUAAGUAAGAGAUAAGUAAAUAGUAAGUAGAUUUUGUACUAACAAUAAGAACUCUCAUACAAAACAGAGAGAAUAAUGUAAUAAUAUCUUGCUAUAAUAAAGAGAAGCUAAUGAUAGGUUUAUGUGGAUUUUUGAAAAA